CGCCCCCGUCCGCUUUUUGCUCACAGACACCACCUACCAACCCCGAGCAAGCUUGCGAAGGAGCUGUCACCGACCCUCAACCUCCCUACCUCCCUGUCUGCGACAGCCUUCACAUGGCUUCAUUUUUCUUUUGAUUCUGGCGAGUCUUGCAUUUUUGAUUGUCGCCACCUUUCAAGCACGGGCAGUUUCUUGUCUUUCUCACUGGAGAUCUGGUUUCCUCAUGUCCCACUGCAACUGAAGAAAAAAAACCAACCUCCCUGCCACCCACCUACGGCGUCGACCUCAUCCCAACCUCCUCCUGAGCGAGGCAGAGCUCCAUCACCCGCCGCGAUCGCGCGACAGACCGCGGUCCCACCCAACCACCGCGACCGACGCCUCUAUUUCGAGUGUCGAUUGCGACUUGGACCCAGCCGUGUCGCGCCUUGGAAACCUUGACGCGUUCCGCGCGCGAUCCACGGCCCUCGCGCCCUUGAUCAUCCCAACCUCGGCGCCCAUCACUGCCUGGCAGGGCUACUGCACCUCGCCCCAUCUCCGACAUGUCUUUCGGGUUCGGCGGCGGUGGCUUCGGCCAGAACAACCAAACCAGUAAUACCUUCGGCGGCGGCGGAUUCGGUGCAAACACAAACAACACCACCUCGGCCUUCGGAUCAUCCAGCACUCCUGCGUUUGGCGCGCCAGCGCAGACAACCAACACCGGGGGCGGUCUCUUUGGUGGUGGUGGCACCACAGGUGGCUUUGGCAGCAACACUGGCGGUGCAUUUGGCUCGGGCAACACAGGCUUCGGAGCAGCGAAACCCGCAUUUGGUGCCGCUACAACCGGUACUGGGGGCGGCCUCUUCGGCUCGACAACGACAACCUCCGGUGGAACUGGCUUUGGAAGCGGUUUUGGCACCAAUACUGCGGCAACUUCGUCGCCCUUCGGCGGUGGAGCCACCAACUCCUUGUUCGGCGCCAACAAGACGUCAACUCCCUUCGGCGGCGGGACCACCGCAACCAGCACUGGGUCUACCUUGUUUGGAAGUGGUAGUGCCUUCGGCGGUAGCAGCAACACCACCGGCGCGUUCGGAGGUGCGACCAACAACCCUGGGAUAGGAACCAAUGUCGGAGACCCCCCUGGCACUGCUGUUCUGGCUUUCUCCCCCUACUUAGAGAAGGAGCCGAACAGCACAGCACAGAACGCUUUCCAGAACAUCCUCUUCCAAGAGCCAUACAAGAAGUUCUCGGCCGAAGAGCUGAGGAUGGCAGACUAUGCCCAGGGCCGACAAUACGGCAAUGGUCCAGCAGGUGGUGGUGGCGCCUUUGGAGCAACUUCUGGGUUUGGAAGUGGUGGCUUCGGUACCAAUACCGCUCAGACCACCGGCUUCGGAAGCACGAAUACAGGCACUGGCCUCUUUGGCAACACCCAAAAUAAUACGGGCGCGACCGGUUUCGGCAGCACCUCGAACACAACUGGCUUCGGGGCCGGUGCGACGGGUGGAGGUCUCUUUGGGCAGAACAAACCUGCGACCGGUGGGGGUCUAUUUGGCAGCACGACCGCGACGAGUCAACCAGCACCGGCCGGCGGACUGUUCGGUUCCACAGGUGGUACGACGGGUGGAUUUGGAGCCACAAAUACUGCCACGACUGGCUUCGGAUCAAACACGGGCGGCGGCUUGUUCGGCAACACUCAAAACAAGCCUGCUACCACAACCGGGUUCACGAGCGGGUUCGGGAGCGGAACAACGGGCACGGGCUUUGGCGCCAAUACUGGAACCAGCACCGGCUUUGGCCAGAACACCGCCACAAAUACAGGCGGCGGGCUCUUUGGGAACACGAACACGCAACAAGCCAACACGGGCGGUGGUCUUUUCGGCGGCAACGCACAGCAGCAGCCCCAGUCCACCGGCUUCGGCACCGGUGGGUUUGGACAAACCAACACACAGCAGCCCGGUGGCGGCCUGUUUGGAAACCAGAACAAGCCUGCAGCCACCACUGGAGGAGGGCUCUUCGGCAACACUGGAGCUCAGCAAAACACCGGUGGCUUGUUCGGGGGAGCCAACACCAACACCAACACAAAUGCGUUUGGCCAGAACAACACUCAGCAACAAGGCGGUGGUGGCUUGUUUGGGGUAGCCAACAAACCAGCAACUGGUGGCGGCCUCUUUGGAGGUGCUACCACCGGGCAGACUGGACAGACUGGGGGCGGUCUUUUCGGCGGCCUGGGGUCCAACAACCAGACCCAGCAACAGCAGACAGGCACCACAUCGUUGUUCGGUAACCUGGGGGGCAACCAGAACCAAAACAAAACCUCUCUCUUCGGCGGUCAGACGGGACAGUCAACUGGCGGUGGUCUCUUUGGAAACCAAAACACGCAACAAGUGGGAGGUGGCCUCUUUGGACAGUCCACAGCCCAGCAACCCCAACAGAAUGCCUUGGGAAACUCUCUUUUCGGCGCCUCACAGAACUCACAGCCAGGGCCGCAAGCAUUGACUGCUAGUAUCGGCGAUGUUAAUGCAUACGGUACACCGUCCCUGUUCUCGGGGCUUGGCAAUGGAGAAGUGCAGAACCCUGGCCCCCUUGCCACGCCUUUGUCUGGUAAGAAGAAGGAGCGCAAGGGCUCUAUCCUUCCCAUGUGGAAGCUGAACCCUGGAUCAUCCACCAGGUUUAAUACUCCGGUGAAGCGGGGCUUUGGCUUCUCUUAUAGUACUUACGGCUCUCCAGCGACACCGUCAAGUGCGGGGAGCACCCCCGGUGGGCUGGGGCAGAGUUUGCUCGGUACAGGGAGCCUGAACCGGUCUCUGAGCAAGAGUGUUUCCUCGAGCAACCUGCGCAAGAGUUUCAAUGCCGAGGAUAGCAUCUUGACGCCUGGGUCGUUCUCAUCCAGCAUGGGAACUCGCCCUUAUGGUAGCGCAGGCCUGAAGAAGUUGAACAUCGACAAAUCCUUGCGUCUCGAUCUGUUCUCUUCGCCCUCCAGAGACAAGCAGCUUGCAGAGUCACCUGGUCCCCGUAAGCUCCCAAAACGGGUCAGCUUCGACACCAGCCUUGACGCGUCCGAGAAUGGCACUCUUGAUGGCACACCAACCCCCAGCACCUCCGCUCAGGAUCUGGGUUUCAUCCGCCCAACAAACGGAGGUAGCCUGACAACUAACGGUUCGAAGAGUCCCGAUGCUCAGCCUGAGAUGGAACAGGUUAAGGGCAACGAAUUGGCGGUUGUGCACGAGGAGUCUUCUACCACUUCUACAACCCAGGACGCCACCUCUUCUCCAAGCAAAGAAGCUGGCGCCUAUUGGUUGAGUCCUUCUAAAGACGAAAUUUUGAAGAUGAACCGUGUCCAACGUGGUCAGGUACCGGGCUUUACUGUUGGUCGGUACAACGUCGGACAGGUCCAGUUCAAGACGCCUGUCGAUCUCACCAACAUCGACCUAGAUGAGAUUCCAGGAGGCAUCGUUGUCCUGGAGACUCGAUCUUGCACGGUGUAUCCUGUCGCUGCGAAGAAGCCUCCGGUUGGCAAGGGCUUGAACGUGCCUUCUGAGAUCUCUCUGGAGCACUCCUGGCCUCGUGGCCGGGACAAGCGGACGCCAAUCCCCGAGAAGUCUGGCCGCGCAUUCAACAAGCAUGUCGAGCGCCUUAAGAAGAUUCCUGACACGAAGUUCAUUGACUACAACGCGGAAACCGGGGUGUGGACCUUCGAGGUGGAGCACUUUACUACCUACGGUCUUGACUAUGACGAGGACGACACUGAAGGCGACACUACUAUUGCUGAGGCCGCUCCGGAGGAGGCCACCCUACCUGCGCCCCCCAUGUCAUCCUUCCAAGUUGAGCAUGAGCACCCCGAGCCCGAGGACACUUUCGAGUUCAGGCGGAAGCGACGUGCUCUUCCUGGCGCUUUCGACUACACAGGCGCCAUUUCAGAUGACGAGGAGGAAAUGGCCGACGCCAACGAGCAGUCUUUUUUAUCUAACCGCUCCGUGGGCUCUACGUCCAAAGCAUUCGAACACCACGAGGCUGAACUAAUGGACGAAGAGCAUGCUCUACCCGAGGCACAAGAUACGAGUGCUUACCUGGGGUAUCAUCAAGCCGCGGAGCCAGACUACGACUCGCCUUACCAAGGAUCGAUGGUUGAGUACCAAGAGACGCCCGGUGGCAUCAUGAGGGCCAGAAUGCGUGCUAUCAAGGACUCAAACGCGCCUCUCAGGCUUCAGGUCGCCGAUGGUGAUGACUGGAUGGAUAUGCUCCAGAAGACCAUUGGCCCCGCAAAGCGAGACCGCGCUGCGUUGAAGGCCAUGAACGAGGAAGAGACCUACGAGGACCUGAAAGCCAGUGUUCGGCAGGACGCCCCACAGGCAAAGCCAAGAGCCGUGCCGGAUGGCCGUGGAUUUGCAACGAGCAUUGAACUCAUGAACUCGUUGUUCGAAAAGCCAAGAGCGCCCGCUCGGGCUGCCCCGGCUCCUAUUCCCACGUCGGGAUUCAAGUGGCCGUACAAGAGACAAGACAAGACCGGUGAGGAGGAUGAGGCAAACAUGGAUCCAGCCGACAAGGCCUUCCACGAUACACUCCGCCCUAGCUGGGGCCCGGAUGGGACCCUGGUCAUUUCUUCCACACCCAAGACCCUUACUCGAUCAUCUCGGCGAGCCCUUGAGAAGGAUGGCAUCAUGGCUAUGGGUAGACUGAACAUCGUCUCUGAGCACCGCGACAUUCGAUUUGCGAAGUUCUCGAACGAGACCUCACCAAAGUCGCUAGCCAAUCAAAUGAAUUUGACCCGGGUCAAACUCAUCGACAAUGUUCCCACUGUUUCGCUGGGCCCUGUCAAUGCUUUGACGGCAUUUUUCCAUGGACAGGAUCUUCAAAAACCGGCCAACGUCCACGAGAAGAUGGUCUGGGAACUUGCCAGCAUCCUCUUUGAUCCAGUCUCUGACCCCGAUGGGAAGAGAGUUCCACCGUCUGGUCUCCGUCAGGCCCGCCGACGUAACCUCUCCGAAUUCUGGCAGAACACUGUCGAAGAGGCAUCUAAUAGGGCUGUCGGUAUGGCCCGAUCCCCCGAGGACAAGGCCAUCGCUUCUCUUUCUGGUCACCGGGUUCCGGACGCUUGCAAGCACCUGCUUGAUGGCAAGAACUUCCGGCUGGCGACUCUGGUCUCACUCAUUGGAACCAGUGACCAACUCAUGCAAGACAUGCGCGAACAGGUCAAGGGAUGGCGUGAGGCAAACGUGCUGUCCGAAUUCACCGAGCCCAUUCGUGCCAUCUAUGAACUACUCGGAGGCAAUGUCUGCGCCGUUGAGGGCUCUAAGGGAACCAUGGAGAACCGGAUGGAAUCAUUCAUACUUUCACAACGAUUUGGUCUGGACUGGAAGCAAGCGUUCGGCCUACGGCUGUGGUAUGCGAUCACCUCAGCUGAUGACGUUGUCGAAGCGAUCCACUCCUUUGCAGAAGACAUUCAGCAAGACAAGGAGCCGCGGCCUCAGCCAUGGUAUGCCGAGCAAGGCAUCGCCGCCCUAUGGGACGACCCUGACAAGGACUUGCGCGAGGACCUCAUGUGGGGAUUACUGAAGCUGUACGCCGACAAAGAGAUUGAUCUGGCUGACAUCCUCCGACCCGAAAACUCGCAGCUAUCCCCCUUGGACAACCGUUUGUGCUGGCAGCUGGGUCAGGCUCUGGUCAACACCGGAAAGGUGUCAUUCGGACGAGACGCAGAAGACAAGGCAGACGCUGCAACCUUGACCUUCGCGUGGCAGCUGACCAACGACGGCCACUGGCUCGAGGCCGUCUUCGUCCUCCUGUACCUGACCAGACCCGAGGCACGGGCCAAGGCCAUCCAGGAGCACCUCUCACACCACGCCAAGCUGAUCGGGGGCGAGCAGAGCGAGGACUUCACGACACUCACGCAGACCUUCAAGAUCCCCGCGGAGUGGGUCUGGCAGGCCAAGGCGCUGUACAUGCGCAGCGUCAAGGGCAACCCCAGGCAGGAGGUCGUGUACCUGCUGCGGGCGGGCAGCUACGCCGAGGCGCACAAGACCUUCACCAAGCAGGUGGCGCCCGCGGCGGUCAUCGAGCGCGACUGGGACGGCCUGGACGACCUGCUGGCCGAGUUUGGCGACGACGCGGGCCGCUUCGUCCCCGACUGGAACUUUGGCGGCAAGAUCUACUGCGACUUUGUCGAGCUCAUCCGCCACGUCGAGCACGGGUCCGCCGCCACCGUGCCGCCCAAGGUCGUCGAGGGUCUGAUGGCCGGCCUGCCGGCGCUGCACGAGAGCGUCCAGGUCAGGCAGGACGCGGACGUCCUCGAGGUUGCGGCCGUGGCGGACAUGGCGAGCGAGGUGGCCAAGGUGGUUGUCGAGCUGGCUAAGAAGGGCGAGACAACACUUACCCAAGUUCUCGGCCUGCCGCUCACGGAGGACGCGUACCUGAAGUACUCGAACGAGCUGGCCUUUGCGUAUUACAAAGACGUCAUGGUCGGGCGCAGCUGAUAGCCAUGCGAAAGGGAACCAACCGGCAAAGGUCGAAGGAAAGGGGUGGUUGUAGCACCAGGUGUUGAUCCUGAUCGGUCCAAUCAGCAACGGAAAGGCAAGGCAGGGCAGGGCAGGGCAGGGCAGGGCGGAGCGAGCAUGGCAUUUUACAUUCUUGACUUUUUUUCUCCCCCAUGGCUCAACUAAUGGCACAUUGUGGGUGAUACAGGGCAUGAGAGGAGAAUUGAGUCGGACACAGACAUCUCACAAAGAUGAUGAGACGUAAAUCGGAAGAGGGGGUUGGCCUCUACAGAAAUGGCAAGACCUGGGCGUGCCACGUGCUCAGCAGAUAGUGUUAGAUAGUCACAAGACAAGCUUCAUGCUUCAAAA